GGCAGACAGAAUGGCUUUCCUUAUGAAAACUAUGAUAAGUAACCAGGUGAAGAAUCUAGGACUCGGUGGCGGGUCUGAAGAAAAGAAAGAAGAAGGAGGGGCGUCUGACCCCGCAGCUGCUCACGGGAUGAGCCGAGAGGAGUAUGAAGAGUACCAGAAGCAGAUAAUCGAGGAGAAGAUGGAAAGAGAUGCUGCAUUUACACAGAAAAAGGCCGAGAGGGCGUGCCUCAGAGUUCACCUCAGAGAAAAGUACAGACUCCCAAAGAGCGAGAUGGAUGAGAACCAAAUCCAGAUGGCUGGAGACGAUGUGGAUUUGCCCGAAGACCUCCGGAAGAUGGUAGAUGAAGAUCAAGAAGAGGAGGAAGACAAGGAUUCUAUCCUCGGGCAGCUACAGAACCUUCAGAACAUGGACUUGGACGCCAUCAAAGAGAAAGCCCAGGCCACCUUCUCGGAAAUCAAGCAGACGGCGGAGCAGAAGUGCGCCAUGAUGUGA